AUGGUACAGACACAGAUGACUUCUUAUGGUCAAUAUACACAGAAUGGCGAGCAUGCACAAACUUGUGCUCAACAACGGACUGACCAGAAGGAUAUCAUCACAAUCACUGCUCCAGUAGUCACCAGUAAUGGCGUAGAGCAACAAACCCAAACAGAUUUUGAACCAGCUGUGUCGUUACUAAUCCCUGGUCAACACGGAGGCACUGACACAUCUAAGUCAAACCAGCCAAAACGUCUUCAUGUCAGUAACAUCCCUUUUCGAUUCAGAGAUCCUGAUCUUAGGCAGUUGUUUGGGCAAUUUGGGCCAAUUUUAGAUGUUGAAAUCAUUUUUAAUGAGAGAGGUUCAAAGGGAUUCGGUUUUGUAACAUUCGCAAGUAGCGCGGAUGCUGAUCGUGCACGAGAGCAAUUGAACGGCACCGUGGUUGAGGGACGCAAAAUAGAGGUUAAUCAUGCUACAGCCAGAGUACAAACAAAGAAAGUCCCCACUUUUCCUAAUGUGGCUGCUUUACGUGGUGUAGCAAUUCAAAGAGGUAGAGCACGAGGGGCUUUUGCCACAGCCUUUGCCAGACACCCUUCUCCAUUAAGUGCGGUUGCAGCAGCUACAGCCUUGCAUGGGUAUACCCCCAGUAUUUAUCAGGAUCCUUUCCUCGCUUAUGCUGGAGCAGAGAGGUUUCAGUUGCCUGCCACAUAUGCAGCUACUGCAGCUUACACAGCUGCUGCUGCUAGAAGUUAUGCUGCUGCUGCAGCUGCUGCCGCUGCUCAGCCUGUAGCAUCAUAUGCUACUGUGGCAGGCACUCCAUCCUUGUAUUACAGUUAUGGACGGGACUACACAGAUCCUUAUCUUGGGCACAGCAUAGGACCUAUGUCAGGCUACCAGGCUGCUGUUUACAGAAGUGGAUAUAAUCGAUUUACACCGUAUUAGAAGAUUAUCAGCCUAAUAUUUUCAUAGGUGGGAAAAGAGUGGAUUUUUAGAGGAAAUCUUCUUACUUUGGUAAAUGUAAGGAUACAAGUUAAACAAAUAACAGACAUCAAGAAAGGAUUAUUUAUCACAUCGACUGCACAAGAUAUUGUGGCUAAUAUAGCCAUAUAACUGAACAUAUUCGCACAUACUUUAGUUUGGUUUUAUUUAAUCCUUGCUCAAUCUCGCAUGAGAUCUGAUGAUAAUAUUUUGAUCUGAUACAUAACAAUUGACCGUGACUGUGCUAAAGUGAAAUAAUAGGCUUAGUUCUAAGCAUGAUGUUAUCGUACUCUGUACAAUGAUUGCACCCUUAAUCUAGUCAGAAAAGUCAGAUUUAUUUGAGUUAUUUACAGUCAGAAGUACAAAAUGAGAUCUUAUAUAUUAUAACGAAAUUUUUUCUUCUCUUGAAAGAAUUACUCUUGUGACAAACUACAUAAAAGAAGUAAUUAUUUUAUGUAAACAAAUCAUGUAAAAUGUAAAAUUGAAAUAUUUAGAAUGAUUUUAUGAGAUUUACAAUCGAUACUGAUUCUUUACCUUGUUAUUCAUAUUAGAGAGAAUGUUUUUUUUGUUUUGAAGUAUGGGAAAUUUUAUUUCUCAUUCAUUGUAUUUGAAGGACUAGCAAAUAAUAUUUUCUGGAGUAUUGUAGAAUGAAAUUUAAGGCACAACCUUCAAUCUGUGAAUUGUAAGAGUGUAUUAUUGUGAUACAGAUGGCCUAGUUCUGCACUUAUGAAUCCCAUAUGAAGAGGUCCUAAAAGAUUUCUUAGAAAUUAGCUUUAUAUCCUUUGGUGGUGUGUCUUGCAACAGAAUCAUAUUUUUAACAUUAAUGGUAAAAAUAGUGUUAAAAUAUACAAAUUAAAUACUUUUUUUCACCAGUGUAAGAUCAUCAUACUUGUAGAAAAUGUUUAUUUCUGUACUUUGUAUGAUUUCUAUGAUAAUCAAUAUUUUCAGAUUUCAGAAAAACAUUUUCUGCAGUAAACAGUUGUUGACUAAAUUGUUAACUUAUGACUUGUAAACUUUUAUCCCAUGAAAUAGGAAAUUAGCUGCAUCAUAACACAUGCAAUUAUUGUGUUUUAUUAUUAUUUAUGUACACCUUCAAGUCGUACAUGUUUAAAAUAUUGUAAUGGGUUUCUUAUUACUGCUUCUAGAGUAUCUUUUGUUCAUUGAUUUAAACCUAUGACCCACUAUUGCCAGGACUCAAGUCCCAAGCAGAUAGACCUCACCUUGACUAUUUGAUUGGAUGUUAUAAUCAUAUGAUGAAAUAGAUGCAGAUAUCUUAAUCUCUUUUCCUUAAUUGUGUAGAAUUAAUGUGAUAAACAAAUAAUUGUUUUCUUGAAAAUCAUAUCAAAUGAAAGGUUAAUGGCAUUUUACAAUACACAUGAAUGUGGCAACUUUCCAUUUUUUGCAUUCAGAAGCCUAACGAAUUGAUAGUGUAGAUAUUGUUUUAACCCAGGCUUAAACCAGGUAUAUAAAUACCAGGAACACAUGUCUGUAGAUCAAUACUCUCCUUUUUUUGUCUCACUUGACAACUUAAAGUUGAAUAAACAUUUUACCUUUAUUUCUAUAUAACACAUGUAAGGUUGACAAUACACAAGUGAAGAAGUUUUGUCAUAUAAUACUUCAUGUCUUUUAUUUCUGUAUAACACAUGUAAGGUUGACAAUACAAAAGUGAAGAAGUUUUGUCAUAUAAUACUUCAUGUCUUUUAUUUCUGUAUAACACAUGUAAGGUUGACAAUACACAAGUGAAGAAGUUUUGUCAUAUAAUAUCUCAUGUCUUUGAAAGUUUAAUUAUAGCAAGGCAACAAUGCAUUUGUAUGGUGAAAAAAAAGUUUAAUUAUUAUUCAUUAGUUCAAAAAUUUGUUCAUUUGGCUACAUGUGCAUUUAGUAAGUGUAAUCUACAUAUAUCCAACAUCCAACAUGUUUUAAUACAGAUACUAUGUUUAUCCCAUUAUUCUGUUACUGAAUGUUCAUUUCAUUAUUAGCUUUUAUAUGAAAAAUAAGUACAUGUUUUUUAACAGUCCUGCAUUUAGUUAGAUAAGACAAACAUGGCAUACUAUCUGAUAUUUGACAGCUUAAAAUGUGUUAAAACCUUUGCUAAGUUAUGAUAGAAGGACUUAAGAAACUUAGUUUCUGUUAAUAAAGGAUUCAAUAAUUAUUAUACUUCGAUUAAUAAUCCUCAUUGUACACAUUUGUCAUGUUUACUGCAACAAUGAAUGUAAUGUUACUAGAACUUUGUUCUUAUGAGAUAGAUUUAGCUGCAAGUAGACUUAUACUGAUAGCAAGAGUUCUCAGCAGAGGAUAUGCUACUGUGUUUUGCUUUUGUCAGUGUGGAAAAGCUGAUCAACUGAGAUAUUUUGGAAGGAUAACAUUGGUCAAAUGAAUGCCGUCCAUAUCAAAAUAUUGUUGCUUCGGUGUUAUAUUUAAAAGAUUCAAUACGUUAGGUAAGUUUUAUUGUUUGCUUCUUGGAUGUUGCUUUUAAACAUUGGAUACUAUGUAUCUCAUGACCAAAUUCAGCAAAAUGAUGAAGCAUGUUCUCUGCUGACUAAAAGAAUGGGUAAUGAUGGUCAACAUUAUUUUUCAAUAAUGAUGUGAAUAUUCUGAUACUGUCAAAUCAUUUGUUUUUUUCUUGAACAUAUCAUUAACAAAUUUGAUAAAUUUAAUUAUGCCUUACAGGAAUAAUCAAUCUUUCAACUUUCAUAUAUAAUUUUAUGAAGCUUUCAACAUUUGUAGCAUGACCCUGAAGCUAUCAUUUUAAAUGAUGAUUAUUCAAUGUGUUGAUGGUGUACCAUUUAAAGCCUUAUUUCUUUCAGACACAGGUAUAUUUAUUUUGUUAAGUUUAAUGUCUUAUAACCUUUUCAUAAUUUAGCCGUACUAGUACUAUAUGAUCUAGGAUUGAUGUGUAAAACACAUGUUUUUGGUACAUUUUGAGAUAAAUCGUGAUAAUACACUCUACAUAGUAACUGUAAAUUUUAACUCUGCUUUCCUAUGUAUUAUUCAACAAGUUUUUUUCUUGUGGUCAAAAAAUACUGCACAAUGCUCUUUAGCUCUUUUUUGAUACAUGUGACUUUUGUUCACAAGCACAUCACAUAUUAAUGCAUUCUUACAGCAAUUCAAGUUUUGCAAUUAAUAAUGUGUAAGAAUUUGUAAACAUGUGAUUUUUGGUUGUGCUGGUUGUUUUUUAUUAGGUGUAUUACACUUGUUGGUAACCAUUAUUUUCAUCUCAGUCUGAAAAUAUGUACGAUAGGAUAUAAGAGUUAUUUUGUCAAAAAUCAAUGUAUUUAAGGCUCUAUUUUCCUGGAAAGACUUGUGAACAAUGCUGUAUUAACAGUAUAGUAAAACAUCGAUAUUUUAAAUAUAUAUAUAUAAGGUAAUCACGUUUCCCGUUUCCGAGUUUAUGUAAUUAGGACUGAUCCGGUUACGUAAACUUUUAGGCACUGUUCAGGCCGUAUAGGUAUAAAUAUGUUUAGCUUAAUGUGAUUUUGUUUUAAAAUAUAUGUGCAAGUACAAAAUGUGUCAGAAGAAUAAAGCAAAAGUAAUAAAUGAAAGUUGUAGACCAACUUUAAAAAAAUAUGAACAGAAGGUUUGAAAUUUAAAAUCAGUAUUUUGUUUUUCUGAAAAAUAAGGCGAGAACAUUUCUCGUUAUAUUACUAAUAACAAUAUUAAUGUAUUUUUUCGGUAAAUAUAUAAUAAGUGAA